GUUGUAGAGAAAAGCAUUAUUUAAAAAUUUGUGUAAGACAUCUUUAAAACCUGCCUUGAUAAAUCGUGUACUUAGUACUUAGCGAAAUGAUUAAAAGGGAUCAUCAUGUUCUUCCAAACACGCAACCGAUCGCAAUUCUGGAAUGCUUCUCAGCAUUCCACAGUCUUAGUGAUAAAGAACGGCUCUAUGCACAUCACUUUAGUCAGGCAUCAUGGACGGGUGGAUUAAUAUCGUUAGUUCAAACAAGCCCGGAAGCGCCACUUAUAUUUUCGCUGCUGCAUCGCUUGUUUCUGGCAGAGCCCAUCGAUGAGCUCAGAAAAGCCGCACUGGCGGUUAACGUAAGCGAGGAUGAUUUUACGGCAUUCCUGGUAUAUGCUUGCGGAUUUUGGGCCAACGCAGGAAACUACAAGGGUAUGGGUGCCAGUAAAAUCGUACCCAAUUUGGAAAGGGAUACAUUUGAUCGGAUAAUUAAAGCAUCGAAAGCUUUUAAGGAUGAUCCAAAUACUAUCGAAAAACUCUGGCAAAAAACGAGAGGUCCAAUAUUUCUUCUAACGGAUCGCACAAAAACGCUGGGUCUAUGGGAUCAGGGUAUCACUACAUAUUUCUCGUCGAAUGUAACUCGUCAGGAUACGGAUUUGGUUACCGAAUGGAUGAAGGAGAACAAAUUAGAAGCCUACAACUGCCGUUUGUUCAAAACCGUGGAGAAUGGUGUGAUCGUGUACAACAUCAAGCUUGCCUCUUCAGAGGAAGGCGAAAAAGAAGGCGUUACUAGGGCACCUGUCGUAUACAAAGAUUGUACUUUUAAAGUCACACGCGGUGAUUAUAACGAAAUUUUGCAGAAGGUGAUUUUUCAUCUGAACGAAGCCAAUAAGUAUUCUGCAAAUGAACACCAAAAACAAAUGAUAAACCAUUACGUUAGCAGUUUCACAGAGGGUAGCUUAGAAUCCCACAAAAACGGAUCCCGAUAUUGGAUCCAAGACAAAGGGCCAUCGGUCGAGACCUACAUUGGAUUUAUGUUUACCUAUAGGGACCCAGUUGGGCAAAGAGGAGAAUUUUAUGGGUUCGUCGCCAUGGUGCAUAAAGAGAUGUCGGCCAAAUUUGAGCUGUUGGUGAAAAAUGCGGAAACAACCAUUAAAUUGCUGCCUUGGGGUGAGAACUACGAGAAGGAUAUUUAUUUAAAACCAGAUUUUACCUCGUUAGAUAUACUCACAAUGGCCGGGUCGAGUUUACCAUAUGGAAUGAAUAUCCCUACGUACGAAGAGAUCCGUCAGGACGAAGGUUUUAAAAACGUGUCACUUGGAAAUGUUUUGGCUAACAUGGAUAAAACGGAACCUAUACCUUUCCUUACGGAGAACGAUCAAGAACUGAUGAAGCGCUAUAAAGCUGCUUCAUUCGCAGUUCAAGUUGGACUUCAUGAAUUACUUGGUCACGGUAGUGGAAAACUAUUACGACUAGAUGAAGAGGGAAAUUUUAACUUUGAUACAAAUGAGGUCAAAAGUUUGCUUGAUGGUGAACCUGUUAGUAGCUGGUAUGUACCAGGCGAAACAUACGAUUCCAAGUUUAAGUCGUUGGGAUCAAGCUAUGAAGAAUGUCGUGCUGAGGCGGUAGGCCUAUUCUUGUGCCUUAAUAAGGACAUUCUAGAGAUAUUUGGGCAUACGGAUGAACAGGAAGCGGCAGACAUUAUUUACGUCAACUGGUUGUUAAUUGUAUGGGCUGGAGCUGGUAGUGCGUUGGAGAUGUACAACCCAAAAUACAAAACAUGGUUGCAGGCUCAUAACCAAGCACGAUUUGUAAUAAUGAGGGUCUUGCUCGAAGCCGGCGACGGACUAGUUACCGUGAAAGAAACUGAAGGCGGCAAGAACCUACUGCUCACUUUAGACAGAAAUAAAAUUAGAACUGUAGGAAGGGAAGCGAUUCGAAAGCUUCUUGUUAAAUUACAGUAUUUCAAAUCCACGGCAGAUUUGGAGAAUGCUACCAAACUGUACAACCAUUAUUCUGAGGUCAGCGACGAGGGAUCACAUCCGUGGGCUAGAUGGCGCGAUAUUGUCUUAACGCAUAAACGGCCUCGACUGAUCAACGGCCAAGCCAAUACUGUAUUGGAUGAGAGCGGAACGGUCAAACUCAGAACAUAUGACGCCAAUUUCGAAGGAUACAUCCAAUCUUGGUUGGAUAGGUUCCCAAAUACCGAGGUCGAUGAGGUGCUGGAGAGGAUCCACGAUCGUACUAAGCAUUACUUCGAGGGUGCUUAUGCAGAAUAGCAAACAGAUAUUAUUAUUAUUGUUGUUGUUGGACAUUUUUAAGUAAAUUUACAGCUUCUUGUUAAAAUUAUUGGUUGAUCUGAAGAAAAGAAAAUU